AGCCGCGCAGUCAGGCUCCAUCGAGCUCAGGCACAAUCGAGAGAAUCUGCCUCCUAAAAUUCUGAUAAUGGUACUCAAACGAAGCUCCAGUUUACCUGAUUUUCGACAUGUUAAGGCCCUACGUUCGAAUUCGAAUUUAACGGUUCCCGGGAAAAGCGGAUCUCCAUUGCUGACGCUUUUCCUAGACGACGGUCGUUGUGAGUUGUACAACCCGAUAGAAGGCAAGACUGAAAAGAUGCUGGGUGACUUCUCAGGGAGUCGAUUCCUGGCAAGCUGCGGUAAGUGGUUCCUGAUGCUAGAUUCUCGAUCCAGAUUAUAUAUCAUAGAUGUGUUUAGCAAGGAUAGGAUCGGUCUUCCUCCAUUAGAGUCGGUCGUAUCUGAUUUAUGUUCUCUGAAGCGUGUGGGAGAUAGAGAUAAGGAGUUUACAUGGGAAUUAACUGAUGGUACUGUUUUCAACGCUUUCGCCGAUGAAAUUAGGGCAAGUCUGUGGGUAGACGAGAAGGCGGAAGAGUUGGCUUUAGUAUGGUUCUUUGACGCCCCUGCUGGUUUUUUAUGCUGUUACAAGAAAGGCAAUGAUCAUUACAAUCUCAUUCCGGUUGGCCAGUUUGGAAUCCCCAAGAUGCUAACAGGCCUACAUGGUCUGGUUCUUCGAGGUUACCGCCUAUAUAUCUUAACGACUCGUAACUUCGUGCGAGUCAUAGAUUUUUCUGGAAAGAAAGGUUUCGAAGAACUCACCGAUAGUGACCCAUCCCCAACGUUUUCUCCUCUUGGGUAUAGUUGUAACUUUAGCAUCGCUGUUACAACCGCAGGAGAGGUUUUGUUGGUCACGAACACAGUUUUUGAAAGAAGCGAAAGGACUUUCCACGUCUACAAGAAAGACCCCAAUGCAGACCCAGAUGAUUACAUGCCUGAUCUUCUUGAGGUACAUUCUCUUGGUGAUGAGGCCCUGCUUCUCGACUUGGGUAUCACUGUUCCUGCUAACCCUACCCUUGGUAUCAAACCAAAUUCUAUCUAUUUCACCCGUCAUUACCUUAUCCGUUAUGGCACCUCUGACCGUUCCCGUGUCCUGCCCCCUUAUGAGGUGGACAUCUGUGUGUUCAAUCUUGCAACCAAGACCCUUGAACCCUUCCCUGCUCCCCCCAACAUGAAUCUCAAGGAUGCUCGGUGGAUUUUCUCUCUGACUUGAAGGACUUGAUUCCAAACUUCCCGACUCUUUUGCCUCUCUGUUAUUUUUCCUUUUAUUUUAUGUCUAUGUCUUCGUAUCCUCCAUGCUUUUGAAUAAUUAUGAUAUUUGCUGCCAUUUAAAAGUUUAAAACACUUGGUAGAGUCAUGUCCUCGAACUAGAUCCUCAAAUUUAUUGUGCCGGCAUUUGUCUCACAAGCUCGAAUCAUUCACUGAUGCAUAGUACUAUAUAUGUAUCGUCUUUGUUUGGA